UGUGAAGUAAAUUCAACUGAAAUCGAACGCAACGAAUAUAGUUAUAUAUUUUUCUAUUAUCGAUGUUUCUUUAACUGGAUCUCAUACAAGUGAAACAACAAGUCAAGGAAGGAAAAGCAAGUAACAAGGAUAUAAGUCAAGUGCUGUUUACAUAGUUGAAAGUCAGUUUUAUAGUGUGGAAACCGAAAUAAUGGAUUCAAAGAAAACUCCAAGUAAUAUGCGCAAUUUCUCCCGCAAAGUAUCGGGUGGUAACGAUAGAAAUGAACUUAGUUUGAAACGCUCCGUGGGCAAGAAAAAUGUCAAGUCGUUCAAAGAAUAUGCAGAUCACAUCAAGAGUGAAAUCCAGCAGUCAAAGAGCCUAACAAAUUUCGAAACUCUUGGUGGUAGACAAAGCUUGAGGACAUCAACAAGCAACUCUCGUAUGAAAUUGCGUUAUGGCAUUGAGGGUAGCCUUGAAAACAAUCCAAAGUCCGCUAUGAGUAAUAUCAGUGUUAAGGCAACAAAAAGUCAAAUUGGUGUUCCAUCACCUAUGGAAAUAGGAAAUGUUAUGGAAGAGGAAUUGGAUUUCAGACCGUCAACUAGUAAAGCGAGCCUUGCCUAUCGUAAUCAAUAUGCCGCAAAUAACUUAAAGUUGAAGCCUGAUCUAAAUCAGUUAAGCUAUGGAAGGUCUGAAGGCUUUGAAGACGAUAAACCUGAGUUGACUGUCCUUAUGCGCAAUUUAAGUUUUCGUGAAACUAUCGAUGCUCAAGAUGAACUUGAUUUGAGACCGUCUACAAGCAAGGGCAGCAUAAAUGCUGGACGCCGUAUAACGCGUCCUGCAGAGAAUAAAAUUCGUGUCCAACGAUCCGUGAGUAACACAGGAAUGAAUGUUGCACGUCGUAUUACGGGUCCUGCAGAGACUAAACGCCGUACCCAACGAUCCGUGAGCACUACAGGUAUCAAUUUGGAUAAACAUUCAACUAAUACUAAUUUAAGCAAGAUAAGUUUGAAUUCGAGGAUUUCAGGAUUGCAAGGAUUUCCACUCUAUCCAGGAAUACCAAAUGAAAAACCACAUACUUUUUCUACCACUAAACUCAAAACUUUGGAGUCAUUUCCACUUAAGAAGGAUCACAAUUUCAAGGAAAUGUCGAAAUUACUAGAUAAGUGCAAUACGCAAAUGGAAAAAAUAAGGUCUUCGGAAUUGGAAAGUUAUGUAUUAGACCAGAAUCUUUUUAAUUUGCAAACCGAAUUUAUAAUGAAAAGAGAAAAAUUUAAUGAUCAUCUCGCUGAAAGCCGUAAGCAAGAACCUGAAGAAUAAUAUUUAACAUUAUAUAUAAAAAGUUAUAAAAAUUUAAAGAUUAUUUAAAACAAAAGCGAA